CCCAACGUUUCUGAUUUGUCGGAUUUCGUUCAUUUGCUCUUCCCGUCUCCGGGAAACAAACCAUGGCCAGGGUUUCGAGCAAGGACAAUCGUGAUCAAGCACUGGAUUUCCAGGGAUUUUUGAACGACUUGCAAGAUUGGGAGCUUUCGCUCAAGAAUGAAGACAAGAAGUUGAAAGUUCAAGCUCAGGGAGAGAAAAAAGUGUCUUCAUCUCAAGAUACUGGAAAGUUUGGUGGAAAUAAAGAACCCUCAAGCAAAAUCUUACCAGCUGAAUAUUCGAGAGAUAAUGCACAUGGAUAUGACUUCUCAAGAAACUUUGGUGCAAUGAGCCAUAUGUCAAGUGGCUUUUUGACUGAAGAAAAUUCUCCAGAUGCAGCUUCAGAAAAAGAAUUGGGCAAUGAUUAUUUCAAGCAGAAGAAGUUCAAAGAAGCAAUUGAUUGCUAUUCAAGAAGCAUUGCAUUAUCACCUACAGCAGUGGCUUUUGCAAACAGAGCCAUGGCCUACCUCAGAAUAAAAAGAUUUGAAGAUGCUGAGAAUGACUGUACAGAAGCCUUAAAUCUAGAUGACCGUUACAUAAAAGCAUAUUCACGCCGUGCAACAGCCCGAAAAGAACUUGGGAAGCUUAAAGCAUCCAUGGAAGAUUCUGAGUUUGCACUGAGGUUGGAACCCCACAACCAAGAGCUGAAGAAGCAGUAUAAUGAAUCAAAAGCUUUAUAUGAGAAGGAGAUUCCCAAGAAGGUCUCUACAGUGGUGAAAAACUCCAUUCAAGGUGCACCAAAAGUUGAAGUCAAAGGAGAUGUUCAGCGCAGUCAUUUGGUCUCUAGUACCUCUCAAAAGACUGAAUCGGAUUGCAUCAAGGAGAACAAUGUGGAAGCUCCUGUCGAGCCUUCUGAAUUGGUGAAGGAAUUAGAAGAUAUAAGAACGAGAAAUGGAAGGGGAAGUGGGGGACAGGAACCUGUUGGAUCUCAGGAACACUUGAGCCAGAGUGCUACUGCAGACAAUUCUAAGAGAAGACGUGCUAUUGGCCUCGAGCAACAGUUGGGGACAUCAGUUCAAGCACUUGCUUCAAGAGCAGCUUCUCGAGCCAUGGCUGAUGCUGCCAAAAACAUUACACCACCAAAGUCAGCUUACCAGUUUGAGGUUUCAUGGAGAGGGCUAUCUGGUGAUCCUGCGCUACAGGCUUGUUUGUUGAAGGCUAUAUCACCAAUGACCUUACCACAAUUGUUCAAAAAUGCACUUUCUGCUCCGGUACUGAUUGAUAUUAUAAGAUGUAUAGCCACCUUUUUCAUGGAAGAAACUGAGUUUGCAGUCCAAUUUUUGGAUAACAUGACCAAAGUUGCUCGAUUUGACAUGGUCAUUAUGUGUCUGUCUGCUCCAGACAGGGCUGAUAUGCAGAAGAUAUGGGAUGAAGUAUUCUCUACAACAGGGGAAUAUGCUGAGAAGCUCAAAAGUCUACGAUUGAGGUACUGCACUGGAGGAUGGCAUGUUGAAUCCAAUGGUCCAAGGAAAGAAUCAUCAUGACUAAUCAGGGGUUUCCUCAGUUCAAAUACAGAGAAAAAUACAACCUACAGUAAGCAUUGAGAGGUUGCAUUGCAUGUCAUUCAUUCAUUCUUGAAUUCCAAGUGGUGUGCCUUCAACUUUGUGUAAAUU